GGUAGGCGCCGCGCGCGGAGCCCCGACAGCGUCCCCGGAGCCCGGGUCGCCCGCACCGAUCCUGCGGGACGGCGCGGACCCACGCCUGCAGGAAGCCCUCCGGCCCGACCCAAGGUGCCGUCGGUAGCAUGCCCAAACCCAAAACAGAAAGAGGAAUACAUUCUAAGUGGUGAAGAUGACAGGACUUGCUGGAGAGCUGAGAAUCCUCUGGCCCCACGAGCACCAUGGAGAAAAUCAGCUUCUUCUUCAGCGCUAUCUGGGACACCAUCCUGAGCAAACACCAAGAGGGAAUCUUCAACACCAUCUGCCUGGCGGUGCUCCUGGGACUGCCGCUCCUGGUGAUCCUCACCCUCCUCUUCAUCUGUUGUCACUGCUGCUGGAGCCGGCCAGGCAAGAGUAGUCAACAGCCAGAGCGAAACAAAAAGAAGAAAAAGAAGAAGAAAGAUGAGGAAGACCUCUGGAUCUCCGCUCAGCCCAAGCUUCUUCAGAUGGAGAAGAGGCCAUCGCUGCCUGUCUAAUGAAGCACGAAGUGUCCCAGAGACAAGAGAAGGAACGCCAGAAGUGACAGACUUCCACCCACUGACUACUCAUCCAAAGAACCAAUCUCACACUUGAGGGUCCCAAUGAGAGACAGAGGCACGUGGCCAGUUCUUGCACUGUCUCAGCAGCUACGCCCCCAGUAGCAAUGCUCUGCUACAAAUCCAAGCAUGCCUUGCACUUUUCUCUUGCCUACUCUAUGCACAAAAGCACAAAGAAUACUGACCCAUACACCUUAUAGGACUACCAAGUAUGCACACCUUCCCAGUCACACAUCUGCAAAUUCAAACAACAGGCACGUGGGCAGGGUCAUCAAAUGGCCACUGAAUAUAUACUUUAAGCAAAGCAGUAUGUUGAACACACUUGCAGAAAUGAGAAGGCACGGCCAGAUCUAGACACAGAGACCCAAUUCUGCAACCAAGCAAGGCCCGCAUGCACUGUCUAUACCAAACGCUACUCCGGAUGCACAGGUGUGCUUUUUUGUUCCUAUACCUACACAGCCUUUUACUGGAAACAUGUUUAGACAUUCCAGACAUCCAUAGCAUCCCUACUCUGGUAUCUAUUGGAUCAAACACACCAAAUUCCUGUGUUUCUGACCUCUUACCUGUGCCUAGAAGUUUAAAAUAAGAUAGAUGGAAAUUCAUUGGCAGCUCUUGGCUUGCAGCUCAUGACAAGGUUCUCAUUACCACCGACAGGUGCUUAAUGGGUCUGAGAUCAAUCUGGGAUGCUAUCUCCUAACCACUCAACAAGAUGUCCUUUUUCAAGCAUGAGCAAACAGCAGUGACUGCUAAAAAAAAAAAAA